ACCAGGAAAGAAUUUCUGAGAACACCGGACGGAAGUUAGCAACGACGGUUGCGAGCGUUCUUAGGGGCAGGCAAAGCGAUCACUGACAGAAAAGAAAAUUGAUAAAACUUUGCCCCGUUUAACAGACCCAGUCUCCCCUUCCCUACCUUAUGGCUACCAAUUCAAACAUAGAUAUAGAGGAUGCGACCCAGCAUCUUCGGGACAUCUUAAAACUGGACCGUCCUGGCAUUAGCGCCGACGCAUCUAUAAGUGAUACUCCUAAGAAGACAUCUUUCAAUGGCGAGUUAAACGGCCUGCUUGGAGCUGAUUUCAUCGGAACGGGAGAGUGUGCAGCCAUGUCCGGGGCACCAGGUCUCAGCCCGGAGAAUCUUAGCACACAAGAGUGCCAGACCAUCUGCCUAUCAGGCGAUGAUGGGUCUACUUGUGUUGCCAUCACUUCCAGCCUUGUAGAAAUAGUGGCAAGUCGUGACUCCAGCAUUGACAGUAAGGCUCGUGGCAGCAACAAGGUGAAGAUACAGCCUGUGGCCAAGUAUGACUGGGAGCACAAGUAUUAUUAUGGCAACCUUAUUGCUGUGUCCAACACUUACUUGGCCUAUGCCAUCAGAGGAGCUAACAAUCAUGCGAUGAUCCGUGUCCUGAGCCUGGGCUCGGCUGAGCGCACGCUUCUCAAGGGCUUCACCGGCGCCGUCACAGACCUGGCCUUUGCCCACCUGGACUCCACCCUGCUGGGCUGUGUGGACGAGGCCGGCAACCUGGUCAUUUGGCAAUUGACCAGCACCAGUGGAAAGAUCCAAGAUGAGGUGGUGGUGCACAUCCGCAGGCCUGAGGAUACGCCACUAAACUCUCACAGGAGGCUCAUCUGGUGCCCCUUCAUACCUGAGGACAACGAGGAGAGCCCAGAGGAGUCCUGUCAGACCUUAGCCCUACUCCACGAAGACCGAGCAGAGGUUUGGGAUCUGGACAUCCUUAAGUCAAACAAUAGCACUUGGCCUGUGGAUGCAACUGAGCUAAAAGAGGGCUUCAUCACCAUCAAAGGACAUACAGCUCGCAUAAGUGAAGGAGCUUUGUCACCUGAUGGCACUGUGUUGGCCACCGCCAGCCAUGAUGGCUAUGUUAAGUUCUGGCAGAUUUACAUAGAGGGACAAGAUCAACCCAGGUGUGCUAAUAAGAAAUGUCUCCAUGAGUGGCAGCCUCAUAAUGGGAGAGCUCUGUCGUGUUUGCUGUUUUGUGACAACCACAAGAAGCAGGACCCUGACGUGCCAUUCUGGCGUUUCCUCAUCACCGGAGCGGAUCAGAACCAGGAGCUUAAGAUGUGGUGCACCGUUUCAUGGACCUGCCUGCAGACCAUUAGGUUUUCUCCAGAUACAUUCAACUCAACUGUGCUACCCAGUCUGAAGGCCAGCCUGGACCUGGCUGCAGAGUGUCUGAUCCUCACAGAUGUACAAAGGAAGGUGAUCUAUGUGAUGGAGUUGCAUCAGGAUCAAGAAAAAGGUCGUGCAAGUUUCACGGCCGUCUCAGAGUUCCUGCUCACGCACCCUGUGCUCAGCUUCGGUGUACAGGAAGUCACCCGCAGCCGUCUGCGCCACACUGAAGUGCUUCCCCCAGAUGAGGAGAGCGAGAGCAUGACUACAGAAGGAAGCCAAGGCCCCAUGGAAUCCAAGUCAGGAAUCAAAAUCAAACUCUACUGUGUUCACACAAAGUCUCUCCAGGAUGUGCAGAUCUGGUUCCAGCCUGACCUGGGAUCCUCCAGCUCGCUGUGCUUACCGCACAUGGGGUCACAGGAAGCUUUAGCAGGUUUCUCAGACCACCUGACUGACAUGAGUGUGGAAGGCCUGAGCUCGGAUAAGGACUCGGGAAGCGAUUCACAGAACGACCUGUGUAAGAUCCCCGCCCUGCCCGCCCCUGCAGACUUCCUGAGCUCUGUGGGUGCCGCCGCCGCUGCCACCACCAUGCCCAAGCUCAUGACCCCUGAAUCCUUCAUGACUCCCAGUGCAUCAGUGCCAGCCUCGCCAGGCAGUGGAGCCAGCAGCCUGACCAUGGUGACGGCAAUGAGCUCCGACGGUGGAGCUAGGGGAGGCGAUGAGGUUAGCCAGAGCCCAAAGAUGUCUCUGGACAGCAGCGGCAGCAGUGGCCUCAGCCUGAGCGCCACCACCACCAGCAGCCCCAGAGCCAACUCCAUCCUGCUGGCAGGCCUCGGAGACAUCCAGGUGCCCCCGCUCUCACUGGACCUGCAGGCCAUGGAGCCGCCACUGUUGAUACCGCAGGUGUCCCCGACGCGCGCCCGCUCCCCGGACGUCAUCUCGUCCGCCUCCACCGCCAUGUCACAGGACAUCCCCGAGAUCGCCUCCGAGACGCUGCAGCGCGGGAGCCUCGCCGCCAGUGUAGCUGCCGCUGCCGUAGCUGCAGCCGCGGAUUCGACGCAGGUGUCCACUCCGAUGUCCCUGCCAAGUCUCCAUGGCGACAGCAUGGCCUCGGCCGCCUCCGCACUGCACAUGCUGUCGCCGCGUAACCGCUCGGGUGGGCCAGAGCUGGGGCUACACCCGCUGGAGCUCGGCCCGGGCGUGGGCCCCGUGGACGGAGAGCAGCGGCUCAGCAACACCCCCUCGCUGCUGGAGAACGCGCUGUCCCAGGAGAACGCUGCCGCUGCUGCGGCUGCUUGCGCUGACAAUGGCAUAGGCCACGCCUGGCCUGCGGCCCCGGAUAUCACACGGGAAACAAGACAACGGGACAACGGCAUGGGAGACUGCUCAAGAGAGGACAUGAAGGACAGACACAUAUCGUCUCCAUACCAUAGGCGCGCUUACCAUCUUACCCAGAACGACAGUCAGGACGCCAGUGCAGAGCAGAGUGACCAUGAUGAUGAGGUGGCGAGUCUGGCAUCGUCGUCGGGGAACUGCGGCUCUCGCUCGAGCCACAGGCUGCCGGUGAAAGACUGGAAGACCUCCCCCAGGGGCUCCCCCAAACUCAAGCGCAAGAGCAAAAAGGACGACGGAGAGUCCUCCCAGGUCCGGCAGGGUGACCACCAGAUGAGCCCUGAGAUGUACGAGGAGAUGCUGCUGCUGAUGCGGACCCAGCAGCGGGAGCUGGCCGAGCUGCGCCAGAGCCAGCUGGAGCUGCUGCAGCGGCUCACGGGCCACAUGGACGCCGUGCAGAGCUCAGUUAUGGCCCACGUCGAGCACGUCAUGCACUCCCAGCAGGAGCAGGAGCAGCGACGGAUGGAGCGUCUUCUGGCGGAGGAGCAGCACCGCCACCUGCAGCUGCAGGAACAGCUGGCCCAGCAGCUGGCCCAGAGCCUGGGCGCCACCCUCUCCAACCGCCUGGACAAGGUGCUGCGCGACGAGAUGAAGAAGACUGUUCCACAGACCAUCUCCAAGAGCUUGGAGCCUGUCACAGGACAGAUGAGCAGCACUAUCGCUGCCAAGCUUGCUGCCGUGGAGGGCACACUCAAAGAAAACGUCACCAAGGUGGUCAAGUCAAAGAACACUACUGACGCCAUUGGGCGCGCAGCAGCUGAAGCCAUGCAGGGUCCCAUCCAGGCAGCCUACAAGGAGGCGUUCCAGAGCAUCGUGCUGCCUGUGUUUGAGCGGGGAUGCCAGUCCAUGUUCCAGCAGAUCAACGACAGCUUCAAACAGGGAACCCAUGAGUACAUCCAGCAGCUUGAGACUCAUGUGAAGAACAGAAAGCAGCGGGAGCAGGAGGCACGGGAUCCCGUGAUUGGCCAGCUCCAGCAGAUGAUGGACUCCUUCCAGAACUCCACCGACCAGCUGGCCAGUACCGUGACGGCCAGUGUGCGCUCCGAGGUCCAGCACCAGCUCCACAUGGUCGUGGGAAACCUGCAGGACUCGAUCCUGACGCAGGUGCAGCGGAUUGUGAAGGGUGAGGUGAGCAUGGCUAUGAAGGAGCAGCAGGCGGUGGUGACCUCCAGCAUCAUGCAGGCCAUGCGCUCGGCUGCUGGCACUCCCAUCCCCACCGCCCACCUGGACUACCAGAGCCAACAGGCGGCCAUCCUGCAGCUACUGCAGCAGGGACAGCUCAACCAGGCCUUCCAGCAGGCCUUGUCUGCUGCUGACUUGAACCUGGUUCUGUAUGUGUGCGAGACCAUCGACUCUCAGCAGGUGUUUGGCCAGCACCCAUGCCCCCUCAUCCAGCCCGUCCUGCUGUCACUCAUCCAGCAGCUCUCUACCAACCUCGGCACGCGGCACCAGCUCAAAAUUAGCUAUCUGGAGGAUGCGGUAAUGAACCUGGACCACGGCGACCCGGUGACGCGGGACCACAUGAGUGCGGUGCUGGCCCAGGUGCGCCAGAAGCUCUUCCAGUUCCUGCAGCAGGAGCCGCACAGCCCACUCAGCAAGAGGGCCCGCCGCCUCAUGAUGAUGCUGCAGGGCCUAGUGGUCAACCACUAGCCCUCACACAUAAAACACAUAGCCUACCCAAACAAUGUGCUCCUCAAACUCCCUCUCACCCAUAAUGAAACACACACACACACACACUUGCUUUCUGCAUCUUCCAAACAGGAACACAUAGCAGCUCCAUUCAUCUUGUCCAUGUAGACCCAUACAUGUACAGCCUGUCCCUCCACACAGACACACGUGACUUUGACCUUUCACCCUUGAUGCUCCCCUCCCUCCCCCCAGCUGCUCUUCUGUGGUCUUUCUUUGGGAUUUGCGGGAUUUUGACGGUGGCUUGAAUGGAGGAGAUAGGCACUCAGAUUCUGAGUUUGGUGUUUGUGCUUACUAGCUUUUUUUUUUUUUUUUUUUGGUUGGCUGCAGUUGCACUCAACGUAUCACCUCAUCCUAAAGUUUGUAAUUUCUCGUCUUGUAUGACGAACUACAUGAAAAUGAGAAGGUUUUUGCUCUUUUAUUUUGCUAUUUUAUUUUGCAAGUCAACUAACUUUUGUGUGCAAUGCAUCAAGGCAGAGGCAAAAGAAAACCAAAUGGACCUUUCAGUGUUUCACUAGUGUGCUUUGUUGGAUGGAAGAUGUUCUGCAGAUUAUUUCUCAGCUCUCUCCAAUGCUGCCUACUGGUCAGACAGACAACUGCAGUGAGGACUGCAACUAUGUAGAGAUCUCCUCUUUACCAUCCUACUCACUGCUACAUUUUCAUUUAAUUCCUCCCUGUUUUUUAUUUUUGUUUCACAAACUGAAAGGAAUAACAAGGUACAUAUGCACAGGAUGUUGCCUCUACCAGAAACACUGAGUUUAUUUCUUUAAAAGUCCUCUUGUACUACAGACAUUUCCAUCUGGUUGAAAAGUAGUUUUGUUUUGUGUGUGAGAGGGGGUUGUAUUUCCUGUAGGACUGACUACUUUUUUGCAUAGGCUUUACAGAACUGUACAGUGUUCAUAUGUUAAUGUAAGUUCUUUUCUGAUUUGUUUUUAUGUGUUAGUUUAAGCAGGAAGCUGAAGCACCCGUGUACAUUAGUCAAUUAAGAAUAUGAUUGUGGCGUCCAGGCAAACAGGGAAAAUGGCCGUCCGCAUUUAGUUUUUUUGAUCACCCCCUCCAUUUUUCCAGGGUCCUUACAAUCCACCAGCUUCUCACAUUAAUCAUACUCUCAACAUAUGCUUGAGUUAUCAAAGUCAAAGUUGUUUUCCAUAGCAAAUCAAGCAAGAUCUUUUAUUACUAAGAGAUGUCCUAUUCAAUUUGUGUGCAGUUUUCGCUUUAGCCCCUAGAUGGCAGUAAAUCAGAUUAACUAGGUUUGUUAUUUAUCAUGCUAUUUUUACAUGCGCUGCUUUUUCUCUUCACUAUCUUUUGUAAAUUUACCACAAUUUGCAAGACUAUUCUUUCAUUUAAAGGUACUGAUUUGUGUCAAUGUGGCCUUUAAAGAUGUAUUUUAUUUUACACUUCCUCCCAAAGCAAAUCCUGAUUAAUGUAUUUGGGGUUUCUAUCAUCCCCCUGUGGAGGACUUAUUGAUUGUGGUGUCAAAUUAAAAAUUAUAACAGAAUAUAGCUCUCAUAACCUGGAGUGUAACCUUAACAGAAAGUGCCUUAACAAUGUUCUACAGUUUGAGUGGUCAAUUGUUCCCUUACUAUACCUUAGUGCUAUUUAGGGGCGGAAGGAUGUGGUUAAAGAAAUCAGAGGUAAUAUGUAAAAGUGUGAAGAGAGAAGUGGCACUGGUCAUUGCAUUGAUGUGCUGAUUUCCUGGUCAUUUAUGAAGAACAAAGCUUUUUCAGUCAAAGGAAUAGCACUUGUAUUGUUUACUGAUGAAAAUCUGAGUCCUUGUUUUGCGUUUUAAGACCAAGGAACCUGCCCUUGUUCUAUGUGUCUACCACAUUCUCAUUGUCUGCAAGAAAAGGCUGAGAUUGUGUGUGUUUGUGCGCAACACCAACUGUAGACCCAGUGAAGCACUGUCAUGAAAAAGGCUUCCUAAACAAGGCCUUCAAAACUCAUCAGUCAUACUUUAAAUGUGGAUAUGUUCACAUCUACCCACUUGUUUUCUUUGCCUCAGUAGAUAAUGUUACAUUUUGGCACACACAAAGGUUUUUUAUGUUGGGCAGCUGGUUUAGACUAAAUAAUGAUUAAGCUCAGCAUGCUAAGGAGCUGUGCUCAUUUAACUUCAUGUACGCCAGGUCUAGAUAGACAAGGACUUUUUUUUUUUUUGUCAACAAAAAGAAUCAGCGCACUAAAUUACAGCAUUCUCGGUUAGAUUCCAUCUCUAAAACAACCCUUGGUCAAGUAGCUUGGCCAUCUGUAUGUUAUAGCUACUGGAAGUUCAAACCCUUGGAUUGUUGAAGUAACCCUUUACUGUUUUUUUUUCGAUUAGUAAAGUACACAUUAUUCUUGUGCAGGUUUCGACCAGCAAUCGCAGUGUAUAAAUCAAGGUUUUUCUUCCAACUUUUGUUUUUUCAUUAAGAUUGAUACUUAUCAGGGUUUAGCAACAAAUAGAUGUGAAUGUCCUAUCAAGGCUUGCACAUAACGCUAUAUAUAUAACUACUUUCCUCUCCAAACGUUGCAUAUUAGCUCUUGUUUUGUGUAUGAACAGAUUUGAACGUUGUCAUUUUUCCAUCGUGGUUUUGUUCGUAAUGCUUCGACUAUGUUGUAUAUUUUACACCUGUUUCUUUUACCCUAGACGUUUUGGAAUAAAAAAGAAAAUCACAAUGUUCAA